AUGAUGAACAAUUCGAAUGAGCUUAUCAAUGAUGAAGACCUACUGUAUGAAGAAUCACUACUAAAGAAACCAGAAGAUGAAUCAAUUUGGAAAAGUUAUUAUGAAAGUAAAAUCAAUGACAAUUUUCAAGCUAAGCUAUUUAUAAUUACAAGAGCAGUUAAAUUUGUAAAACUGGAAGAAUUAUGGACAAUUUAUUUAAACUUAGUGGUUGAGAGUUAUCUUUUGCUAAGUCAGUCAGAUAUUCAAUUAAUCAUCGAUGAAUGUGUGGAGGCUCAAUCAAAAUCACUAAAUAUUUGGAUAAUUCUUUUGAAAUUUUUAACAUCUCAUAUUAUAACAAGCAUUACUUCUAUACGAAAGAAAUUCGACCAAUCAUUGCAAUCUUUACCCGUGGAUAAUCAUGAAUCUAUUUGGGAAUUGUAUCUAGAUUUUGCAGAUAAAGUGGAAGGUGCAACUGCCAUAAACAUUUACACAAGAGUAAUGAAAUUUAUAAAUCCAAAAGUACUCAAUGGGUCAGAAAUAAACUCAAAUGAUAGACUAAACAAAAACAUUUUAGAUUUUAUUGAAAAAUUAGAAAGUUUUGGAGAUAAGGUCACUGUUUCAAAAUUAUAUAAUCAAAUUAUAAAUUCAAAUGAUUAUUCAAAUUUACCAAAAUCUCAAUUUCAAAUAUUAGAAGACUAUUUAGAGUAUCUAAUAAAUGAUGAAUCAACAAAUGAAAAAGAUUUUAUUAAAAUUAUAAAUAAAUCAAUUACAAAAUAUCCAGAUCAGAUAUCUAAUCUCAAAUUAAAAUUAAUUAAAUUUCAAAAAUCAAGAAAUUCAAAUUAUGAAAAGAUUAAAAAAAUAUUUGAAGAAUCAAUAAAUGAAUGUAAAACAGUCUUAGAUUUUAAAGAGAUUUAUAAUGAAUAUGUUAAAUUUGAAGAAAAUGAAAUCGAAAAAUAUAUUAAUGAAAAUGAGCCCAAUCUAACCAUUUUAUAUAAUAAAUUAAAUUCAUUUGAAUCACUCCUUAAAAAUAGAGCACUCCUAAUAAAUGAUAUAAAACUAAAAUCAAAUAUAAAUAAUAUAGAUUUUUGGUUUCAAAGAUUUGAUAUAUACAAAGAUGAUUUAAAUUUAUUAAUUCAAACAAUUGCACAAUCAAUAAAAUCAAUAAAUCCUUUGAAAAUACCUGUUGGUUGUAAUCAUAAAUUAAAAGAAAUAUGGAUAAAUUAUUCAAAAAUAUAUUCAGAAUCAAAAGAUUUUAAAACUGCUGAUUUUAUAUUAUCAAAAUCAAUUCAAUCACAAUUUCCUCACCCACAAGAAUUAAUUGAUAUAUAUAUUUAUUGGUGUGAAUUAAAAUUAAGUAAUGAUCAUUUUGAUGAAGAUUCUUCAAUUGAUUUACUUUCUGAACUACUUUUAAAUAUAGAUGAAGAUGAAAUAAAUGAUUUAAAAAAUAUAAAUUUUAAAGAUUCACAAGUUCCAGUUCAAAGAAGAAUUAAAAAAUCGAAUUUAUUAUAUGAUUUUUUUAUUGAUUUGUUAAUUUCAUUUAUUGAUUUUGAAAAUCCUGAUUCAAAAUAUUUAGAUAGGCUAAACGAAGUGAUUGAAACUAUAAUUUUAUUAAAAAUUGCAACUCCUAAAAAUCUAUUAAAAUAUGCUACAUUGUUGGAGAAUCUAAAUCAAUUUGAAAAAUCUUUAGCUAUUUAUGAAAGAUGUUUACAAUUAUUUCAAGAUAAUGAUAUUCAAUAUGAAAUUUGGCAAAUUUAUUUAACUAAAUUAAAAUAUAUUGAUAAUAAAGAAAGGAUAAAAGAUAUUCAAGAAAGAUAUUUAAAUUCAAUUAAAAAAGAUGAUUAA